UCCAUAAAUUCAGGCCAUGUUAUUUUCAGUCUCCACGCCUAAUCAAACCCUUAAUUCAGUUGCAGAAUAGAACUCGCCAAGGAUAUCAAAGAAUCUACUGCCAAACGGACCCUAAUCCCACUGACGACUCAACGCUUUGGAGGCAAUUUUGAUUAUCCGAUUCAGUCUGAAAUUUAAUUGGGGGUUGGCUACUAGGGGUAAGGGUUGUGGAGGUAGAAAGGAGAUAUUUGCAUGCCUUGAGAGCCCGUUGUGCUUGAUGUACAACAGAUGCAUCUUUAAGGAGACUGAUGUCUGUCUUGAACCUGAAACACUUGAUGCUAAGCUCCUUGUGUUUUUUGCGUUGUCUUUUUCCGAAAUUUGUUGGGAAAAGCUGCUUGUAGAGCCUGAUUCAGGCAAUGGCAAAACCAUGCAACCCACGGAUUCCUCCUCUGAUACUGGAUUUCCUGAAUAUCCGAACAAAAAUUUCAAUAAGCAGAUAGCUGUUGUUUCCACCCUUGCAGCAGUGGGUCUUUUCUUAUCAGGGCGACUAGAUUUAGGUGUUUCUUUGAAGGACCUAUCCGCUGCAGCACUACCUUAUGAAGAGGCUCUCUCAAACGGGAAGCCCACUGUUGUGGAGUUCUAUGCAGAUUGGUGUGAAGUAUGUCGAGAAUUAGCUCCGGAUGUGUACAAAGUUGAGCAGCAGUACAAGGACCGUGUGAAUUUUGUUAUGUUGAAUGUCGACAACACAAGGUGGGAACAAGAACUAGAUGAGUUUGGUGUUGAGGGUAUUCCACAUUUUGCGUUCUUGGACAGAAAUGGGAAUGAGGAGGGUAAUGUUGUAGGCAGGCUUCCAAGACAGUACCUGCUGGAGAAUAUUGAAGCCCUUGCCCAUGGGGAAGCAUCCAUACCUCAUGCCCGUGUUGUGGGACAGUAUUCAAGUGCUGAAGCCAGGAAGGUGCACCAAGUUGUUGAUCCAAGAAGUCAUGGCUAGCUAUUUGUAUAUAACAAAUAUAACAUAUUCUGUAUUUGUAGUAUUCACAAAAUGGUUUCUGGAUUCACGGAAAAUGUAAUCUUGGCACAGGUUUGGUGCUGACUUGUACAGGAACAAUUUUUUAAGAAAACCAUUUCAAUUUGCUUAC